UGUAUUUGAAAUGUUUUGCCUAGAGUUGUAAUGUUUUGGCUUUGGUUGUCCCUUUCAAAGUGAACCACAUAUCACUAUCUGCGCGUAAACGUCGCGUGUUAACAUUUGAUAGUCAUUCAUGGAAGACCAGGGUCAUUUCUAAAGGUGAACGUGAUACAUUGCAGAAAGCAGUUGUGUGGUCGUGGAUAGUCUUUAAGCAUGGAUUCGGAAUGUAAUUCGCUGCUCUUCAAGUCAAGGUUGCAAGAAAAUGAAGUUCAUUUGCAGCAGUUACUGGAGUAUGAAGAACAAGUGUGCCAAUGCCAGACCCUGAGACUGCAGGUAGAAGAUCUCCAGAAGAGACUUGAGGAGAAGGACAACAAACUCACUGAGGCUAACAAGCAGAUCAGUGCACUGAUUGAUGAGGUGCAGACACUGCAGCAACAGCUGGAGCAGCACAGACGGAAGUACAGAGAUGACGACACAAUUGGACAGAGACGUCAGCAAGGUCGGCGUGCAAGAGGAAAUGACAUCACUGCAUUGGGUUGUGAGAUCCCACCAAACGUCUUCCUGUCCUGUACGUCUGGAGACGACCCAACAGUCACUCCAACAUCACCACAGGAACUGACAUCACCACAGGAACCGGAGGACGACUCAGCAGAUUUUCCAGCGUCUCCUGCUGCUGAGGAUGAUGAUGCUGAGGAUGAUGAUGAUGCUGCUGCUGAUGAUGAUGAUGCACUGACAUCACCACGGCAACUGAAACUGCCUCUGCUGUCAGUGAAGCUGCAAGACUGCCGUGAACUGCUGGGGCCUGGCGGAGUUUAUGUUAUCCAACCGGUAGAGGACGACGAUCAGGACAUCAGCGAUGAGGAUUACGAUGAUGGCUACAAAGGUUAUCAGGACGACGACAGUGACUUUGACCCAACAGAUCCUAGCUUUGAGGAGCCUGAACCUGCAAGGGAUCAGACGAAGCUGAAGACAAGAGUCAGGAGAGUCAAGAAAGCGAAGGCCAAAGAGUAUCACAAACGUUACGCAUGCACAGAAUGUGGAAAGACAUUUUCAUUUCCAAGCAAACUGGCUCGUCACCAACUAGGCAAAACUGCUGCUGCUGCUGCUGCUGCUGCAUGUAAAAAUGCAUCCACUGAAACUACACACGAAAGUCAGUCAACCGACUCGCCCAACGCUGAAACUGACGUCUGUGGGAAGAUCAAAGUUCACAAAAGACUGCACACAAAUGAAAUGCCUUACACCUGCAAAAUUUGUGACAAAACUUUCAAGCUGUUAUGUGGACUCCUCCAACACAAGAAACAGCAUUCAGAGAUGACAGGUGAAAAGCCCAUCAAAGAAAAAAAGAGAAAAAAGGACACAGGAGUGCACAAGUGCUCCGUUUGCGCCAAGGAAUUCAUCCGUUCAUCAAAAUUAAAAAGACAUGUUAGACAAGUACAUUCAAAAGAUAAAGCCUUCGCUUGUGGCCAGUGCCCGAAGGAAUUCUCCAGUUCAUCAUGCUUAAAAAAACAUUUCAGAACAGUACAUUCAGGAGAGAAACCCUUCCUUUGUAGCCAGUGCCCCAAGAGAUUCCCAAAUCCUUCGGGUUUGAAAGCUCACGAAGCCCUCCAUUCGGAUGCGAGACCUUUUGAGUGUCCGGUGUGUGGAAAGGCAUUCAAAACAAAAUGUACCCUUAAAAAUCACGAGACGACGCACACUGGACUGAAGCCGAUUGUCUGCACGUACUGCAACAAGACUUUCAGACUUAAAAAGCAGCUUCUUUUACACGUAAGAAGACACACGGGAGAGAAGCCCUACAAGUGUUCGUUCUGCGACAGCUGUUUUGUCAGUUUGGCUGAGCUAAAAGAUCAUCUACGUCGACACACAGGCGAGAGGCCUUACCUCUGUGCCAUUUGCGGGAAGAGCUUCAGUCAACCUCACAUUCUGAGGACCCAUCAGAUCGUUCACACUGGAGAGAAACGCUACCAGUGCACCGUCUGUGGAGAGAAAUUUGCCUACCUGCAGCCCUUGUAUGAUCAUGAGAAGAAGAUGCACAAUAUUGUUUCCUACCCGUGUCAAGUUUGUGGGAAGAACUUUAAAUCAGAUCGAGGAUUAAAAGGGCACGGCUGUUUUCAAGGUCCGAAUAGGACUCAAUUAAAUAACAACAAGGAGGUUCAAGCUGCAAAGUACUUUUCGGGGGUGGAAGCAGAAAGGUGCAUCGAGGGGGUUAAAGUAGCUCAAAACAAUGACGAGGUUGAAGCAGCAAGGUACAUCCCAGACGUGGAGAUGUAUGAUGAAGAAAUGACCUGAAGUGUAGGGGUGGGCGAUAUGACUAUAUUAAAUCGUGUAUCGUGAAAUUGAGUCGAAAAUCGUCAAGAAUCUGCCAAAGUGGAGAAAUCGUAUAGCCUUGCAGUGAGGAUGUUUGCUAUCAGUAUCACAGUGAUGUCUAAUUAUUUAGCGUUAAUGUCUUCACUUUAAUUCUCUUCAUCGUUGUAUUUCACUGUGUUUACAUUUAAUCCAUCGCUAGUUACAACUUGCAAGUAAAAGGUCUGUUUUUGGGGUGUUUUUCUUGUUUUUUUGCUUUCAUUUUUUUCUAUGGAAGAUCUAGAUUGAAAGACAAAACAUUGAGGAGGUUGAAGCAGCAAGGUACAUCCCAGAUGUGGAGAUGUAUGAUGAAGAAAUGACCUAAAAUGACCUGAAGGGCUGUGUGCAUGAUGACACACAGCCCUCCCCUUGUAAUGUGUCUCCAGUCGAAUAGGCUAUCGAACUAUCGAAGAAAUCGAAGGAUGGCAAAUGUGGCAUGUAGGCAUCCUAUUUUUGCAUUAUGUUGGUGAAAAAGCUUUUUUGUUUAUUCUGAAACAUGUCCACUCCCAGCUGAAUUUAAAACCAUGCAUGAUUCGUCACUAGCUACAAUUUGUCCGGGUGAAUUACGCAAGGUGAAAUGUAAUUUAGCCAAGAUGCUGCUGUGACAGAGGUCUUCCUGCACCUGUUCGUUCCCCUCAGGGCGCAAACCUGUGACCUCAUCAACUAUAUCGGGUUGGAAAUGGGAGGCACAGUACGAUACCGCUAGACUAAAGGACCAGUCCCUCAGCUCAACGGCAUCGACACUGUAUGAGGCUAUUGUGAGGAAGGUUUACUAACGUAAACGUAACGCUAAACUGCCAGACGUUUUUGUUGUUGAAAUUACAACUGUACAAUUGUAACUACAAUGUUUGUAGAUAUCCUGCUGACAAACAGACAGACAGACAAACAUGCCAAAACGAUUGUGAACGGAUUUUGAUUAAAUUUUGUUUAGCUGUUGGAAAUGACAAAAGGAACAAGUGAUUACAUUUUGGGGGUGAUCUGCAUCACAAUAGAAUAGAAUAGAAUAGAAAGCCUUUAUUGUCAGUAUACAAAGUAUACUGAGAUUUUAGCUUCCCUACGAAGUGCACAGUCCUUUAUAGAUGAGCAUUGUCCAGUAAGUGUGUGUUCAUUGUUGUAACAGCUUUGGGGAAGAAGCUGUUCUUCAUCCUAUUGGUUCUGGCUGGCAAUGCCUUGUAGCGCCUGCCAGAGGGCAAUAGUGUGAAGAGAUGAAAGCCAGGAUGUGUGGGAUCUUUAAUGAUACUCCUGGCUCUACUUACGCAGCGUGAGUUGUAGAUGGUGGGUAUGGGAGGCAGGGGGCAGCCUAUGAUUUUUUUGUGCUGUUUUGGUCACCCUCUGCAGUCUCUUCCUGUCAGCCUCAGUGCAACUUGAGUGCCACACUGACACUGCGAAUCAGGAUCCAGGAAUUUUUAAAAAAUAUUCUUCACCAUUGCCGGAAGACUUGAAAGAAUUGGGGUGUAACAUAGACAUGUAACAAAACUAUCACCCAGCUUCUUUGGUGGAGGUCUGCACUUUUCUAGUUCUUUUAUAUCAUCGUUUUGCUAGGCCUAUAUUAUUGUCAUUGGUAUAUUAUUACAUUAUUAAUAUGAAUGCGUUUAAAUUCUUUUUUUUUCACUUUUUCCUACUGAAGUUUUAAUUUGAUAUUUUACAGGUUAU